GGGUAGAGGGUAGAAGUAACUUCCUCUUACUGUCCUAACUCUCUUUUCCUCCUCGGGCCUGGUGCUGGUGCCUAUUGGGUAAGCAGAGCAGGGAGGUUCCCACAUGUCCCCAGAAAAGGUCCUAGUGGGCCCUGCACCAAGCCUCCUAACUCAGGACUUCAGUUUCCUGCAGAGGAGAAAUCAGACAGGAAGUGGACCUGGUCCCGAUUCUGGCGAUCUGCCUCUCCACGUGCUCAUGGCCUCACCCAGCCUGGUGCUAAGCAGUAUCAUGAGUCUGCACCAGGUGGGAGAUUAACUCUUGAGUGUGGGACACUUCCGGACCAGGAACGGGGAGGAAUAGCAGGUCCAAGGUCACCAACAGAGGGGGGUAGCUGAUAUCCUUGACAUAUCCCUCCUGGGAAUCCAUGACAUAAGUGCUCAGAAACCUUGUCUGGAAAAGAUAGCCAAGAAGGGGGUCCGUGCAUGCCUGGUCUGUGCCAAGCCCUGCCUUCAGCCGGCGGGCUCCAGUUUCCCUGGCUCCUCCUCCCAGCCCUCCCCACUACAGCCCACAUGCACUUAAUACGUCUGGCACCCAGUCCACCCGCUGCGGACUUUGGCCUUAGCUGUAGCCUGGGAAGACUGGGAGCAAAGUCUCUCAAACAAAGCAAAAGAAGAAGCUUCCAGUGUCGUUGUACCUGCUAGCUUUCCCCAGAGGAGCCUCGGCUGCCACCUGCAGGUCACUUGGGCUGAGGCCAUGUGGCUGCCUCUGCUACUGGGAAUCUUGCUCUGGGCAGCGCUGUGGUUGCUCAGGGACCGGCAGAGCCUGCCCCCAAGAGAUGCCUUCGUCUUCAUCACCGGCUGUGACUCAGGCUUCGGGCGGCUUCUGGCACUGAGGCUGGACCAGAGAGGUUUCCAAGUCCUGGCCAGCUGCCUGACCCCCUCUGGGGCAGAGGACCUACAGCAGGUGGCCUCCUCCCGCCUUCAUACUACCCUGCUGGAUGUCACUGAUCCCCAGAGUGUCCAGCGGGCAGCUAAGUGGGUGGAAACACAUGUUGGGGAAAGAGGGCUUUUUGGUCUGGUGAAUAAUGCUGGUGUGGCUGGCAUCAUUGGGCCCACACCAUGGCUGACCCGGGACGACUUCCAUCGGGUGCUGAAUGUGAACACAUUGGGUCCCAUCGGGGUCACCCUUGCCUUGCUACCCCUACUGCAGCAGGCCCGGGGCCGGGUGAUCAAUAUCACCAGCGUGCUGGGUCGCUUGGCAGCCAGUGGUGGGGGCUACUGUGUCUCCAAGUUUGGCCUGGAGGCCUUCUCGGAUAGCCUGAGGCGGGAUGUGGCUCCUUUUGGGAUACGAGUCUCCAUCGUGGAGCCUGGCUUCUUCCGAACCCCUGUGACAAAUCUGGAGAGUUUGGAGGACGCCCUGCAGGCCUGCUGGGCACGGCUGCCUGCAGCCACUCAGGCCCACUAUGGGGAAGACUUCCUCACCAAGUACUUACAAGUGCAGCAGCGUGUCAUGAACCUGAUCUGUGACCCGGACCUAACCAAGGUGAGCAGGUGCCUGGAGCAUGCCCUGACUGCUCGUCACCCCAGAACCCGCUACAGCCCAGGCUGGGACGCCAAGCUGCUCUGGCUGCCAGCCUCCUAUCUGCCAGCCAGCCUGGUGGAUGCUGUGCUCAGCUGGGUCCUUCCCAAGCCUACCCAGGCAGUCUACUGAAUCCAGCCUUCCAGCAAGAGAUUGUUCAAGUCCAAGAACUUGAUUUGUCCCCACCCUGGUACUGCCUGGUGCCUGGCAUAAAAUAGACAAUAAAUAUGUAGUUUAAAACAAAA